GUCUUAGAUAAUGUCUAACGCCGUCUGCUCUCAACUGCAAGCAAGAGGAAGUGCCACUUCACUGUCGCUAGGGUUUCAUCUCUGCUCCUCUUGAUUGGUAAGGUCUUUCUGUCCUCGGACUGAUGGCAGCUUUGCAGCCAUUUAAAUACGGAGUGGUCGGAGUGCGUAGUUUGCCUCUGUUCGAAGGUCUCCGUGUUGCCCCAACCGACGGCUACGCCUCUUCAUGCAUUGGAACACCAGGGUUGGUGCUAAAAAGUAGGAGAUUUUCUGGGCUUGUCGUCAAGUCAGCUACAGUUAUCUCUCCGAAGUACUCAUCUAUCAAGCCUGUGGGUGAUAGAGUCCUAGUUAAGAUCAAGUCUUCAGAAGAGCAAACCAGUGGAGGAAUACUGCUGCCUACUACUGCUCAGACAAAACCUCAAAGUGGUGAGGUUGUUGCUGUUGGAGAAGGUAGAACAAUUGGGAAAAUUGAAAUAAAAAUUGGAGUUGAGGUUGGUAAACAAGUUGUCUACUCAAAGUAUGCUGGAACAGAACUUGAAUUCAAUGGAUCUAAUCAUCUUUUGCUGAAAGAAGAUGACCUCAUUGGUAUUCUUGAAACGGAUGAUAUCAAGGGCCUAGAACCGCUCAAUGAUCGAGUUCUAAUCAAGGUGGCAGAAGCAGAGGAGAAGACUGCUGGUGGGUUACUGCUGACUCAGGCUACAAAGGAGAAGCCUUCAGUGGGGACGGUGAUCGCAGUUGGCCCUGGCAAUAGGGAUCCUGAUGGCAAUUGGUCCCCAGUGAAACUUGCAGUCGGGAGCACCAUCAUGUACUCAAAGUACGCCGGAAGCGAGUUCAAGAGCAGCGAUGGCGCAGAAUUCAUCGUUCUGAGAGCAUCUGAUGUCAUGGCAAUCCUCUCUUCUUAGUCAAGUCUUGGGCCUGCUCAUGUUAUUGGAUCGAUUUCGUGAGUACAUCGAAGCACAUUUAUUUUACUUUUAGGCUAUCUUGUUCUGAUCAGCAUGUCAAAUUUUGUAGACAUUUUAUGUUGUUUUCUGUGAUAAAAUAAAUUAUUUUUCAAGCAACAUUUAUUGUGCCUUCUUUCUGUUUGAGAAGGGAGACCAAAUGGAACUGGCAUGAAGCUAUCCAAAUAACUUGCUGCACUAGACAUUCUUGUUAAA